GAGAGAGAGAGAGAGAGAGAGAGAGAGAGAGAGAGAGAGAGAGAGAGAGAGAAAAAACGGGGGAAAGAAGACGAGUGGAAUAUUUUAAGAGGAGUCGUCGGUUUUUCUCCCAACACAACAGCAGCGAAACAGGACGUCCAGAUGAAUCCCAUGACCCAGCUGUACUAUAAGAAGGUGAGCUACUCUCCGUACAGAGACCGCAUCCCCCUGCAGAUCGUCAGGGCGGAGGUAGAGCUGUCAGCGGAGGAGAGGGCCUACCUCACCGCCGUGGAGAAAGGCGACUAUGCGGGCGUUAAACACGCUCUGCGCGAGGCGGAGGUCUACUACAACAUGGACGUCAACUGCCUGGACCCUCUGGGCCGCAGCUCGCUGCUCAUCGCCAUCGAGAACGAGAACCUGGAGGUCAUGGAGCUGCUGCUGGACCACGGCGUGCACACGGGGGACGCCCUGCUCUACGCCAUCAGGAAGGAGGUGGUGGGCGCCGUGGAGCUGCUGCUCAACCACCGCCGGCCCAGCGGGGAGAAGCAGGUGCCCUCUCUGAUGAUGGACAGCCAGUUCUCUGAGUUCACUCCGGACAUAACUCCCAUCAUGCUCGCUGCUCACACCAACAACUAUGAGAUCAUUAAACUGCUGGUUCAACGCAAGGUGACCAUUCCCAGGCCACACCAGAUCAGAUGUGACUGUGUAGAGUGUGUCUCCAGCUCAGAGGUGGACAGCCUGAGGCACUCGCGGUCUCGUCUGAACAUCUACAAGGCCCUGGCCUCUCCCUCUCUGAUCGCCCUGUCCAGUGAGGACCCCAUCCUCACAGCCUUCAGACUGGGCUGGGAACUCAAAGAGCUGAGCAAGGUGGAGAACGAGUUCCGCCAGGAGUACGAGGAGCUGUCCCAGCAGUGCAAACUGUUCGCUAAAGACCUGCUGGACCAGGCGCGCAGCUCCAGAGAGCUGGAGACCAUCCUCAACCACCGCGACUCGGACCAGAACGAGGAGCUGGACCUCAAGCUGUGCCACGACCUGGCCAAGCUCAAACUGGCCAUCAAGUACCACCAGAAAGAGUUUGUAUCCCAGCCUAACUGCCAGCAGCUCCUGGCCACCCUGUGGUACGACGGCUUCCCCGGAUGGAGAAGGAGACACUGGGUGGUGAAGCUGGUCACCUGCGUCAUCAUCGGCCUUCUUUUCCCUGUCUUCUCUAUGAUCUACCUUCUGGCCCCUAAGAGUGCGCUGGGCACCUUCAUCAAGAAGCCCUUCAUCAAGUUCAUCUGCCACACGGCCUCCUACCUCACCUUCCUCUUCCUCCUGCUGCUGGCCUCCCAGCACAUAGCCAGGACCAACCUGCACAUGCAGGGCCCGCCGCCCACCCUGGUGGAGUGGAUGAUCCUGCCCUGGGUCGUGGGCUUCAUCUGGGCUGAGAUCAAGGAGAUGUGGGACGGGGGCUUCACAGAGUACAUCCACGACUGGUGGAACCUGAUGGACUUCGCCAUGAACUCCCUGUACCUGGCCACCAUCUCCCUCAAGAUAGUCGCCUAUGUCAAGUACAACUCGUCCCGGCCGAGAGAGGAGUGGGAGAUGUGGCAUCCUACGCUGAUAGCGGAGGCGCUGUUCGCUAUCGCUAACAUCUUCAGCUCGCUGCGGCUCAUCUCUCUGUUCACCGCUAACUCCCACCUGGGCCCGCUGCAGAUCUCCCUCGGACGCAUGCUGCUGGACAUCCUCAAGUUCCUCUUCAUAUACUGCCUGGUGUUGCUGGCGUUUGCCAACGGUCUGAACCAGCUCUACUUCUACUAUGAGACCAAAGCCUCUGAAGAACCAAACAACUGUAAGGGCAUCCGCUGUGAGAGGCAGAACAACGCCUUCUCCACGUUGUUUGAGACCCUUCAGUCCCUGUUCUGGUCCAUCUUCGGCCUGCUGAACCUCUACGUGACCAACGUGAAGGCGCGCCACGAGUUCACCGAGUUCGUGGGUGCCACCAUGUUCGGGACGUACAACGUCAUCUCCCUGGUGGUGCUGCUCAACAUGCUCAUCGCCAUGAUGAACAACUCCUACCAGCUCAUCGCCGACCACGCCGACAUUGAGUGGAAGUUCGCCCGCACCAAGCUGUGGAUGAGCUACUUUGAUGAGGGGGGCACGCUGCCCCCCCCCUUCAACAUCAUCCCCAGCCCCAAGUCGGUGUGGUACCUUCUCACCUGGCUGCACCAGCGGCUCUGGGCCCGCCGCCACAACCCCAACGGAGAGUCCCACAAGUGUGGCAACCUGAGGGAGUUCACGGAGCGGCAUGCCGACAGCUUAAUCCAGAACCAACAUUAUCAGGAAGUGAUCCGUAGCCUGGUGAAGCGGUACGUGGCGGCCAUGAUACGCAGCGCGAAGACGGACGAAGGGCUCACCGAGGAGAACUUUAAGGAGCUGAAGCAGGACAUCUCCAGCUUCCGCUACGAGGUCCUCGAUCUGCUCGGCAACCGCCGCCCCCCGCGGAGACACUACUCCUCCUCCAGCGAGCCAACGAAAGACGAGGGGGCGGCGACCUCGGAGGAAGACAGCGAAUCGUGCGACGGCAGCGGCGGCGGAGGAGGAGGAGGAGGAGGUCAGAAGACGAAGAGCGUGAGUUUCCUGGAGCCGCAGCAGGCGCAGGAGUCGGGGCAGGUCCUGUACGGGGUGUCGGCGCUGGUGCGCUCCAUCUCCGGCCUGACGGGGGCCGAGAGGGAGGGGGAGGGAGGGGGGGAGUCGGGGGAGGUGGAGGUGGAGGAGCGGGACCUGGAGGAGGGGGUGAGGUGGCGGUACGAGGAGCAGGACGAGGCCGUGCCGAAGAGCAACGGCCUAAAGACCACGCUGGGGCCCCCUCCGCCCCUGACGAUGCUCCCCUCCUCCUCCUCCACCUCCACCUCCUUCUCCUCCUCCCUCGCCUCCUCGCUGGCCCACACCCGGAGCCGGCUGCAGCGCCUCACCUCCACCCGGAGCAAGACGGACUCCUUCAGCAGCCUCUCCUACCUGUUCUCCCGCGCCCAGCGCAAAGCCCCGCCCCCGGCCCGCCCGCUCCACCAAUCCCCUUCCUCCUACACCAUCUCCGACGGCCUGCUGGACGCCGACCCGGGCCUGGGCCGCGGGACCCGCAGCGAGACGCGCCUCCACGAGCUGGGCCGGCUCGACCCCUCCCUCUCCCCGCUGAGGACCAAUGGCAGGGACUCGCUGCUGACGUUGCCCCUCCCGCCGCCGUGCCCCUGCCAAUCGCUGCACUGUGCUUCCAACCUAUCAGAGUCCAGCGCUCGCCUGCUGGACUCCAGCGAGGACGUGUUCCAGGGCUUGGGGGGAGGAGUCGGGAGGGGGGGGAGCGGGGCAGGGCGGGGCCUCAUGCUGAUGGGCGGGUGGGUGGGGCCCUGCGAGGACGUCGUGGACGACGGCUGUGACGUCAUGGAGGAGUCGGUCACCACCCAGCUAUAGACUAGCGAGCUACCCGAUAGCGACCCGCGGGGACGCCUGCCUGUAGGCUAUAGGCUACCUGGCUACACGCCACCUAGGCUAUAGCUUGAGGCUAGCUAGGCUAUAGCACUCGGCGGCCGCGACAUGCACAGACUGUUUGGAACUCUGGGCUCCUCUCCACCGAGAGAUGGCGCGAUGAGUCACACAGAGCAAGACGAGCGAGAGGAGGGAGAAGAUGUUUUUAGAAGUGCAUGUGGUGCUGUGCGAGGCUGAUCCGACUACAUUUAGAGUUCUCUCAGCCCCUUCGUAUAGAGCAUGACCACCUGGGCACCGGGCCAGGGCCCAACACACAGGGUCCUUAUCUCCCUGUGAUCUCCUUAGACCCAUCGCUUCUCAGAGCAUGAAGAACCUCCUCCCAGACGUUAGGAUUUCUCUUCAAAACUGGUUUACUGCCAGUGUUUAUUUAAUAGCAAUGAUUUAUCUUCGAACCGGUUUCGAGUGAAUGGAACUGAACAGAGUGUACCGAUCCGGAGUCUCGCUGAAUCGGGAUCACAAACCAUCGAAUAUACCUUUACUUUCCUUCGGAUCAAGAACGGAUUAGCUCCGCUAGAGACCAUAGCAUUGACAGGUUUUGAUAAUGGAAUAGAUCGUUAAGUACGUUAUGGAUUAUUGAGACUUUCCGGAAUCUUCUACAAGUGGAAAAGAAAUGCAAUGGAACCGCUGAUCAGCUGACCCCAGCUUCUCUGCCUCGCUCUCUCCCCCUCGCUCGCGCGCUCUCUCUCUCCCUCUUUCACUCUCUCUCUCUCUCUCUCUCUCUCGCUCCCGCUCUCUCUCUCGCUCCUUAUAGGGCCAAGGAUCUGUCCUUUAUGUUAUCAACAUUUAUAGUAAUAAUAAUAAUAAUAAUAUGAAUAAUAUACUUUUUACUGGUUCUCUUUGCUUGGUGAAGAGUCGUCUGGUGUGCCAGCUUCUCGCUCUGCUCUUCCUGAAUAUGUUUCACAUAUUUUCAUGGUUAAUAAAUGUUUAUUAACGCAAUUUAAAAUGUAUUUACAUGAGGCUGUGCUGAGGGAGGGAUAGGAAGGAGGGAAGGAAUCAAUGGAGGAUGAAUGGCAGGAAGGGAGGAGAGAUAAGA